UUUAAAUGGGUGUUUGUUUACGUCGGCAGCGUCACUGUGGUUGUUCACUUUACUGAGGCAGCAACUGCAAUAUAUUCACCCGUUUUUUUUAAAUUGGUUGAGCUCUAGUUGCUGGGCUUUUUCAGCAUGGGGACCCGGGUGGGAGGUGGUCUUCACUUCUCAGACAAGUCCUUAGUCGGUGUUUCAAGACUCCUGGAAGACCUCCAGCACUUACAGGAAGACAAAGACUCGGCAGAUAUCAUUUUUGUUGUGGGUCGGGAAGAGACUCACAUAGCGGCUCACAAACUCAUUCUUAAAGCAAGGUGCAAGAGCUUUGUGGAAGCACCAGGAGGCGAGGUGUGUGUGAUUCCCGGCAGCACAGUGACGCCAGGCAAGCCUCACACCACCAUUCGUCUACCACAGUACCAACCCAAUAUAUUCAGACAGGUUAUCAAUUAUAUUUAUACUGGCAAGGUAGUGAUGAGCGACAGCGGAGUGUUCGAGGUGUAUGGAGUGGGUCAUGACCUGGGUCUGGAGGAACUGUGUCAGCACUGUGAGGACCACAUAGCCACUACCAUGACCCCACAUAAUGCAUGCACUUUCCUCAUGGCCGCACUCAAGAUGGAACAGCGUACCGGAGGUAGUAAAGGAAGUCGCUCCUUUGUUGACCGAUGUGUGGCACACAUCGGUGAAAAUGCACUGGAAUGCAUGCAGACUUCUUCCUUCCUUAACCUCUCCCGCGAGGCACUCAUCAGACUCAUCUCCUCCGAUAAUCUGGCACUGGAGGAGGAGGAUGUGUGGAGAGGUGUGUUGAACUGGGCCAAGUAUGGAGCCGGGGUAGCACAGCCGACCCCACACUGGACAGAGGAAGAGAGACUGAGAGUGUGUCAGAAGUUGCAGGGUGUUAUUAAUCACGUCCGACUUCUGCUCAUUGACAGCCAGGUGUUUGCUGAGGAAGUGGAACCAACAGGUGCGGUACCCAUGGAGUUGUCCUUGGAGCGGUACAGAUAUGCUGCACUUCCCAAUAAGUUUAAAGAUAACUCCACCAAUGAAGACAAGCGUCUACAGCCUCGCGUCUCUCUCAAACUGUUUGCUGGGUCACAGAUACUAAUUAAUGACAAAAUGUCGUUACAGCGGGUGCUGAACAAUUGGUACGGAGUCAACAAACAGAUGUGGCGCCUUGUUUAUCGUGCUUCCACUCAUGGUUAUUCUGCUGAUGCAUUCCACCGCCAUUGUGAUGGUGUAGCUCCUACCUACACCAUUGUUAUGGGUCAGCACGGGGAAAUCUGUGGAGGGUUCAGCGAUGUGCCCUGGGGCAAGACUACCAUGAAGGGCAGAUACGUGGCAUCGGAUAAAGCCUUCCUCUACACCCUGGUCAAUAAUCAAGACAUUCCACCGGCCAAGUUUCCCGUUGUCAAAAAGAUGUUUGCGAUUUGUUACCAUCCCGACUGCGGUCCAAUAUUUGGCGCCGGUGCCGACCUGUUCAUCGCUGGCAACUGUAACCAAAACCUGGAGAGCUACUCUAACCUUCCUCAUUCAUAUGAUGGUGAAAAUGCUUCUUGUAACACUUUAAUGAGCGAUUAUAAUUUUACUGUGCUGGAUUAUGAGGUUUUUACCCCUUAUGGCAAGUGAGGUAGAGGAUCUAAUUCCACUUAUGAUGUUUUUGUUGAUGUUUAUUCCUUAUGGAAAGUGAGAAUGAGGAUCCAAUCCCAUUUGUGAUGAUUAUUCCUUACAGCAAGUGAGGUAGAGGAUCCAAUCCUAUUUGUGAUGUUUUUCUUAGUAUUCAUCCCAUAUGGUAAAUGAGGUAGAGGAUCCAAUUCUAUUUGUAAUGUUUUUCUAGAUUCACACCUUAUGGAAAGUGAAAAAGAGUAUCUAAUACCAUUGUGAUGGUUUUCUUGGUAUUCAAUGCUUGUGACAUGUGAAAAAGAGGAUCCAAUUCCAUUUGUGAUAUUUUACUUGGUAUUCAGUGCUUGUGAUAAGUGAAACAGAGGAUCCAGUUCCAUUUGUGAUGUUUUUUUGUGUGCAUUCCAUCGUUUUAUUAUGGUGGCAUAAGGACAUACAGUCAGCGAUGUUGUGAACCUGUAAUCAGUGGGAGUUCUUGGGAAUGUGAUUGAAAAAUACAGAUAGAAAUUGAAUAUGACACAAAAAGGCUUUCAUAGUAUGUAUGUGCCAUUUAAUAUUGAAUAUACAGUGGUCCCUCGUUUUUCGUAAUUAAUCCGUUCCUGGAAGUGUGACUAUUAUCGAAAUUUACGAUUUUCGAAUCAAUUUUCCCCAUGAGAAAUAAUGUAAAUACAAUUAAUCCGUUCCUGACACCCAGAAGUAUUAAACAAAAAAAUUUUUUACAUGAAAUAUAGAUGUAGUACAUAAACAAUACAAUGGCACAUGAUGAAUGAUACAGUAACAGCAUAACACUUACCUUUAUUGGCAAUUCUUCUUAGUGUAUGGAAGACUGGAGGAGGAGAGACAUUGGAUUAUUUACUGUUUGGAAGGGGAAUCCCCUUCCAUCAACACCUCAGGUACCAAGUGCUUUUCUGGGGUUACUUCUCUGUUUCUUAAUGCCACUAGGACCAGCUUGAGUCACUGGAGUCCUGUCUUGCAAAAAAAACUGUCCAGAGAGCUCUGUUUCUGGCAUCUCUUUAACACUUCCCUAAAAUGGGCCAAGACUUUGUCACUGUACAUGUUGCCAACCUGGCUUGCAACAGCCUUGUCAGGGUGAUGUUUCUCCAGAAAUCUUUCCAUCUUACCCCACAUUUCAAAAAUCUCCUUAAUUUCUGAAGAAGGCACCUUCUUUCAUCUCUCUUCCUCCUCCCCUGCAGCAAGAUUCUGAGCUGCAAUCUGUUCCUGUUCCUGCUGAAGCUCUUGCAGCUCCUCAGUGGUGAGCUCUUCAUUGUGGUCUUCCACAUCCUCCAAACUUGCAUCCAACCCCAUGGAACUCCCCAAUGCCACAAUAGAUUUCACAACUGACAUAGGCUCAUCAGGGUCAGCCACAAACCCUUCAAAAUCCCUCUUGUGGACACAAUCUGGCCACAAUUUUCUCCAAGCAGAGUUCCAAGUCCUGGUAGUCACUUCCUCCCAAGCCAUACCUAUAAGGCUUAUGCAAUGGAGGAUACUGAAGUGUUCUUUCCAAAACUCUCUUAGGGUCAAGUGAGUGUCUGAGGCCACAUUAAAGCACCUUUGAAACAUUGUUUUGGUGUAUAGUUUUUUAAAGUUUGAAAUGACCUGCUGGUCCAUGGGCUGGAGGAGAGGAGUGGUAUUCGGGGACAAGAACUUUACUGUGAUAACCCAAACUCCUGCAGAAUCAGGUCAUCCAAGUUUGGAGGAUGAGCAGGUGCAUUGUCCAUUACUAGGAGGCACUUGAGAUCCAAUUUCUUUUCCAGAAGGUAAUUCUUCACACUAAGGCCAAACACUUCAUUGAACCACUCGACGAAAAUUUCCCUUGUGACCCAUGCCUUACUAUUAGAUUUCCAAAACACACACAAUUUACUCUUCAUAACAUUGUUUUUCCUGAACACUCUGGGAUUUUCAGAAUGGUGCACUAGUAACGGCUUCACUCAGAAAUCCCCACUAGCAUUAGCACAGAACAUGAGCAUCAGCCUGUCUUUCAUAGGCUCGUGUCCUGGUAGUCCCUUUUCCUCCUGAGUAAUGUAGGUCCUCUUUGGCAUUUUCUUCCAAAAGAGGCCUGUUUCGUCACAAUUGAACACUUGCUCAGGUUUCAGUCCUUCAGCCUCUAUGUACUCCUUGAAUUCACUUACGAAUUUUGUAGCUGCAAUUUUGUCUGAACUGGCAGCCUCACCAUGCCUUAUCCCACUGUGUAUGCCACUACGUUUCUCAAAUCUCUCAAACCAACCUUUGCUGGCCUUAAAUUCACAAAUAUCAGUACUUGUUGCAGGCAAUUUCCUUACCAGAUCGUCGUGCAACUGCCUAGCCUUUUCACAAAUAAUCAACGUCAUAAGACUAUCUCCUGCUAAUUGUUUCUCGUUUAUCCACACCAAUAAUAACUUCUCAACAUCUCCGAGUACUGGUGAUCUCAUUUUUGUCAGCAUAUUUACCCCCUUUGCAACAACAGCUUCCUUGAUUUCCUUUUUCUUGGCCACGAUGGAAGCUAUGGUUGUAUGGGGUUUGUUAUACAUCCUGGCCAGUUCGGCCACAUGUACGCCACUUUCAUAUUGUUCAAUGAUGUUUUUCUAGGAGUGAAUGGAGACGAAUGGUUUUUAAUACUUGACGUGCUGUUGGAGUGUGAGCAAAGUAACAUUUAUGAAGGGGUUCAGGGAAACCGGCAGGCCGGACUUGAGUCCUGGAGAUGGGAAGUACAGUGCCUGCACUCUGAAGGAGGGGUGUUAAUGUUGCAGUUUAAAAACUGUAGUGUAAAGCACCCUUCUGGCAAGACAGUGAUGGAGUGAAUGAUGGUGAAAGUUUUUCUUUUUCGGGCCACCCUGCCUUGGUGGGAAUCGGCCAGUGUGAUAAUAAAAAAUAAAAAAAAAAAUAAAUGUUUUUCUUAAAUUCAGUCAUAUUUCUCACCUUCUUUACCAAAGGCUUGGCACUAGGAGCUUUCUUUGGAGCCAUGGUAGCUUAUUUAGUAGUUUUUUUUAUUUUUUUUUAUUAGUACACUGGCCGAUUCCCACCAAGGCAGGGUGGCCCAAAAAAGAAAAACUUUCACCAUCAUUCACUCCAUCACUGUCUUGCCAGAAGGGUGCUUUACACUACAGUUUUUAAACUGCAACAUUAACACCCCUCCUUCAGAGUGCAGGCACUGUACUUCCCAUCUCCAGGACUCAAGUCCGGCCUGCCGGUUUCCCUGAACCCCUUCAUAAAUGUUACUUUGCUCACACUCCAACAGCACGUCAAGUAUUAAAAACCAUUCGUCUCCAUUCACUCCUAGAAAAACAUCAUUGAACAAUAUGAAAGUGGCGUACAUGUGGCCGAACUGGCCAGGAUGUAUAACAAACCCCAUACAACCAUAGCUUCCAUCGUGGCCAAGAAAA